GAUUAAGUGUGGGUAGGUAGUAGCAGGUAGCAAGUGAAUGAUUGGGAGCCAUUGGUUACUGUACAUGUACUGUAUGUCUCGGUGAAAGAGUACUGAAGUAACUGGAGAGGUUGGACGGUGGGGUUUUGCUAGCAUCCUACUGAAGAUGAAACAUCAGUGAUGUGAGAAGUUUGGGUCCUGUGGAACUGCUCUCAGCUGGAAAAGUGAGCAUACUGAGUGCCUGUCCAACCUUGGGCAAGACCACCAGACCAGCAAGAUGAAGGUGAAAUGGACCAAGUUAGGCAUGGUGGUCUUUUUGCUGAUAUCCUUGGUCAUGACGGGAUGCUUUAUUUGGCAGUACAGGAUGCCAAAAUUAAAAAUAGACAAUGUUGUGAACAUUGAGGUGAAGGAGGAAAAGAUGUGCCCUCGUUUCCCUGAGCCAGUACUCCUGGAACAUCCCAUCCCUGCACUUAAGGAAGCAUUAGAAAAGAUAGAUGUUGUCCUAAGGUUAAGUAUUCAUGACACUACACUACCAGCUCUGUCUGCCAUCGUUAUCUUCAAUAACUCUGUGUUGUGGAACGGAAACUUUGGCAGAAGGAAUGGGAGUGAUCCAUCCUCGCCUCCACCCAACGAAUACACAGUGUACAGAAUCGCUAGUCUCUCGAAGAUCUUCCCGACACUGAUGCUGUACAAGCUAUGGGAGGAGGGGAAGGUGGCCUCCUUGGAUGACCCUUUGGAGAAGUAUGCAGCAAACUUCACCAUCAAGAACCCGCUGGGGAAGCGGCGGGAAAUUGUGGAUGUCAAGGCUGGUUCUGACAGAGAUACCCAGCCACGCUCCCCCUCUGUCACCCUGCGCAGGAUGGCCGGUCAGCUCUCUGGGUUACCCAGGCGGCUUCGGGCAACAAAUCUACUCUGGGGUGGAGACACAGAGGCUGCUAUAGAUCUACUACAGGAUGAUGUCCUAGUGGCAGACCCAGGCACCAAAUGUCACUACAGCAACGUGGCCUUCUCUUUACUGGCUAAUGUCUUGGCCGAGAACUUUGCGAAAUCCGACUACGAGAGCUGGGUGUCUGACAACAUCCUGGAGCAGCUGGGCAUGGAGGACACAGGCUUUGAUAUAACCCCAGCCAUUCAGAGCCAGAUGGCGGUGGGCGUGUACAGCAGCGGCCAAUCGGCACCCCUCUACGACCUGGGCUGGUAUCGGCCCGCUGGCCAGAUGUACUCCACGGCAGCCGACAUGGCCAAACUGGCCAUGGUGCUUCUGGGGGCCUACAGCCGGCCCCUCCUCCAACAUGACACCCUGAAGACCCUGCUGACCCCUCUGUUUCGCUGCCACCAGGGCUACUUUGCCAACUACACCGGCACGCCCUGGGAGGUCAACGAGCAGCUGGGCUACGAGGUGGUUCGUAAGGACGGAGACCUGGACGGCUACGCCACCACCUUCUCCCUGGUUCCCCAACUGAAGCUGGGCCUGGUGGUGCUGAUGGCCGGAGUGAGGCCGCCAAUAAUGGACGGGGAUCUGGUCACCCAGGCCUACAGCCACCUCAUCCCAGCCAUGGAGAGCGCUUUCAGGAAUGCACAGCGCAAGCUCUCGCCGCCGCCCGACCCCACGCCCUAUGUGGGCCUCUUCACCUACCAGAACAUGACCUUCUAUGAGAUAAAGGCAAGUUUGGGCGGGGUGCUGGUCAUGCAGCAGUUUGGGCCCCAGGUGGACACCAUGAUGCUGGCCAAGUACAGGACUAUCAGGCUGGACUUCCUGCAGGAGAGGGUGUUCAGGGUGGUGUUCGAGGGGGAGUACCCCUGCAAGCUGAAGGUCAACAGCAUGUCAGUGUCGCUGGAGACCCAGGACAGGCAACUCUUUAACUUCUAUUAUUUCAACAAGAAGGGCGUGUCGCCUGGAUUCGACUCUCCUGGGCUCAACACUUACAAAGUGCUCCGGAUAGCUCAACGGCCAAUCUUCAACAGUUAAACCCUGAACUGUUUUUAUUGUAUGGAAUUACAGAUGGAAUUCUGGAUUUUAAGUGGAUCAUUUCAGAGCCUGAACAGUGUGCAGAGACUUUGGAAUUAAAAAUUUUCUACCCUUUCAAAUGCUUUUUAUGUGUAUAACGUCACAUAAAUGAGUAAAUUGUUGUUUUUCCUACAGUGAAUGUCAGAGGGCCUUGUUAUUGUGUUCUGUAAAGUAGUCGUUUUGUAAUUAUCUUAUCUUUAAUGUCAAUUGUCUUCCAUGCAAAUAUCAUGCUGUCUCAUGCAUGAAGUUAUUCUUAUUGAAUGAUCCAUCAUUAAGGUUACAUGAAGGUUCAAUUAAAUGGGUGCGUUAAAUUGUUUGUUGUUAUACUGCGGUGACACAUUUAUUCUGAUAAACUUAUCUUGUUACUUCAAUGAAAGAAGCUGCCAUCACUAUGAUAGAUAAUUGUCUCACAACAAAAUAUGACUAGUGAAAAUUCUGUAAGCUAAUGUCCACUUUUCUCACUUUUAAUUAAUUUAAGUGCCUCAAAUGAUCUUGGGAAAGAAAAUCCUGUUGUCUAAAUGUUUUGUCUCCACAGGUUAGAGGGCAAGUGCAGAGCUCCCUGGCCUGAAGGAAAACUCCACCCAAAAACAUUUUGGGAUUUGUUUCAUUAGUCCAUUGUUGAUAUAGUCCCAAACUGUUUUGCAUGUCAGUAAUCAAGUUUUCAAGAUAUGUAACUUUCAAAAUACAAUAGUACUGCAUUCAUAUGAUGCUGUGUUUUGCAUCAUACAAUGCAAUUAUACAAAAUUUAGUAGAGUCCAUAUGCUGUCAACACAAAUAAACUCAGCAACAAAAAUGUGUAAA